ACUGCCUCACGAUGGACAAAAGUCAUGAUAUUGAAGAAGAUAACAUAGCUGCACUCUAUGAAGCCUCACAUAAAGGGUGUGAAAGCACUUUGAACUCGUUGAUGCAAAGGGACGCUCUCAUUCUUCACAAAACUUCAUUGACGUCCUUCACCGACACGCCCUUACAUAUAGCAGUUCUGCAUGGUCACCUAGAAUUCACUGCAGCUUUACUCAGGAUGAAACCUAAUCUCGUCGACUGGAAGGACUCGCGGGGUCGAACUGCCCUUCACUUGGCUUCUGCGGUGGGCCACGCCGAGAUUGUGAGAGAUUUGCUGCAAGCAGAUACAGAUGUUUGCCUGGCUCGUGAUCAAGAUGGGAGAAUUCCUCUCCACUUAGCCGUGAUGAGAGGACACAUAGAGGUAAUAGAAAAGUUGCUUAAUUUCAAACCGAACUCGAUCUCGGAGGAUCUCGAUGGAGCCAGUGUUUUGCACUUGUGUGUUAAAUAUAACUAUUUGGAUGCUCUGAAAUUGCUAUUGGAAUCUGCUGAUAACAAUGGAUAUUCCCUCAACUCCAAAGACAAUGAUGGUAACUCCAUAUUGCAUUUAGCUGUGAUGCUCGGGCAAACGGAGGCAAUAAAAUACUUACUUUCAGUAUCAAAAAUCAAAGGAGAGGCCAAUGCCAUAAACAGGAUUGGUAACACCGCUUUGGAUGUUUUAGAGUUAGGCCAUAGAGAUUUUAAAUCUCUCAAAAUCCAAGACAUGCUAAUGGCAGCUGGUGUUCGAAGAUCCAAGGGUCUAAAUUCUCCUGAUCUACUACCAACAAUACAGUGUGAGCCAGCAAGGUACAUUAAUAUUGAAGGACAGCCAGCGCCAGCUGCUCAAUCAAGGUUUAAGAAAUGGUGGGCAUACUUUUGUUUGUGCGGAUGGUUUAAGCAUUUUAAGCGUCGGGGUCAAUCAAACUGGGUCGAACAGACACGUGGCACAUUGAUGUUGGUGGCUACUGUAAUUGCAACCGUUACUUUCCAAACUGGGAUCAACCCUCCAGGUGGUGUUUAUCAACAAGAUUGUGUAGGUCAUGCAAAAUUUCAGAAUUGUAUGGGCAAGGCAAUUUUCUCACAUAUCAACCCAGAUGAAUACGAAUUAUUUUUGUCUUUCAAUACCACCUCCCUUGUUGCAGCUCUGAGCGUCGUACUUGCGGUCACCAUUGGAAUUCCUAAGAGAAGCAAACUUUUUAUAUGGCUUUUGACACUAGCCAUGCUUAUUGCAGUCACGUUCAUGCUAUCUACCUAUUUUUUGGCUGUGGAUUUGGUGACCUUGAAUACUGCUAAAAAAAAACUCAUGACCGUCUGGGUUCUCUUAAUAGUAUUGGGAUUUUAUUUGGUACUGCUUGGGAUUGCUGUUGUGGUUCUCUUAUAUCGCCUGUUAGUUUGGAUGGUGAAGUUGUUACUCAAGUGCAUACGCUGUUUGACAAUGAGUCCAACAAAUUAAUGAUAUAUGCGGUUAAUGUUUAUGAUCAGAAAAUUAAUUGUAUGGAAGUUGAAAUCAUCAUCUUGAGUUGGUCUGACGUUGGAUGCAAAUCUUUGGUGUCUAUGUGAAUCAGUUGGUUUCAAGCAAGAUGGGUAGGGUUUUUAAUUAUUAAUGAAUUAUUCUG